AUGGAUAACAUUGCAUUUUAUGAAACUUCCCAAGUAUAUUUUACAUCAAUUGGUGAUCUUUUAGCUUGUCCAUACAGAGAGCAUAUAAAACAUUUGUUUUUAGAAAUAAAUGAACCAUUAAAUUUACCAAAUAUAAUUCCUCAAAGUGUCACACAUCUUGAUCUGGGUAGUUACAAUAUAGAACUUCAUCAAGGUACACUACCUUCAAAUAUUAAAUCAUUAACCAUCAAAGGUUACAGUCACCCAAUUAAAACAAAUGAUUUACCACCCGGUUUAAUUGUUUUAACAUUAGGUGGAGAGGAUGGGGAUGGUGGGAAAUUUAAUCAUCCAAUUGAGCCAGGAACACUCCCAGUUACACUUAGGAAACUUAUUUUAUCAAACUCUUUUAAUCAAGUAUUAAAACCACAUUCUCUUCCACCAAAUCUAACCUAUCUUAUUUUUGGUUGGGAAUAUGAUAAACCUAUUGAUAUAAAUACAAUACCUCCUUCAGUGACCUCUGUUAAUUUAGGGUGGAGCUUUAAUCAUCCCAUCGAGCCUGGUGUCUUUUCAUCAAAUAUUAAAUCACUUAUAUUUGGUAAAUUAUUUAAUCAACCUAUAAAACCACAUUCAUUACCACCUAAUCUUGAGAAAUUGGAAUUUGGUUUCAUGUUUCUCCAAUCUAUUAAACCAGGAACAAUAUCAUUAUCAUCAAUGAAACUUUUACAAUUUAGAAACGAAAACAUUCUACCAUUGAUUACAGAUAACUCUAUAAAAUCCUUUGAAAAUUUAAAACUGGGCGAAUAG